UGCUUGGACCUGGGGUAUUGGCCCCACCAGUUCAAGGAGGCGGUGUUAGUGGUCAUCUCGAAGCCCAAAAAGGCGGACUACUCAGUUCUGAAGGCCUUCCGCCCCAUCGCUCUCCUGAGCUGCAUUGGCAAGCUCUUUGAGAAAGCUCUCGCAGCUCGCCUACAGUUUGAUGGCCAGAAGUAUGGCCUGCUUCACCCUAUGCAG